AUGGUGCAGCCAGGGCACUCUAAGUAUGCUGACAGCUCAGUGGCAGGGGAACCUGGGAACCAACGAGGGCACUCCAAGUGUGCUGACAGCUCAGACGCAGUGGAACAUGGGAGGCAACUAGGGCCUUUCAAGUGUGCUGACAGCUUAGGGGCAGUGGCAGGGGAACCUGGGAACCAACGAGGGCACUCCAAGUGUGCGGACAGCUCAGGCGCAGUGGAACAUGGGAGGCAACUAGGGCCUUUCAAGUGUGCUGACAGCUUAGGGGCAGUGGCAGGGGAACCUGGGAACCAACGAGGGCACUCCAAGUGUGCGGACAGCUCAGGCGCAGUGGAACAUGGGAGGCAACUAGGGCCUUUCAAGUGUGCUGACAGCCCAGGGGCGGUGGCACCUGGGAGCUCAUCAUCAUGUAUGAUGAUCAAUUCUUUGAAUGGCUGUAUACUCUUAUCCCAAUAUCUGAUGGUAAAACAGCAGGCAUCUUUACAAUAG